AUAAAGAUGUUUUUUAUUUCAAAAAAAUAAAACGUUACUUAUUUUUUCUUUUCCAUACCAAUAACAUUAUUAUGCCCAUGGGAGUAUGCAGAAGUAAUUUAUUUUAACUGAGUUGAUUUACUUGCUCCACUUACUUGAUAACAUUGUUUAAAGUGUUUUAUAUAUGAUGAGAUGCUGCAAAUUGACAUACUUUAUGCAAGUGAACAUGGAUUACAAAUUUAAAAUUAACAUCAAAUAAAUAAAUAAAGAUGUGGACAUAUUGUCUGACUUUUUUUUUAUUUAUUUAUCAUUUUUUAGUAAAAACCAAUAAUGUCAGAAAAUUAAAAACAAAGAUCAAACAUCUGUAGCCGAUUUGUUUAUUUCUUCGUCCUUAGUUGUGUCUUUUGUUCGAUGAAAAUGAUUCCAAUUCUCAGAAUUAAGAUUCCUUUUUCAACUAAUAUCACUAUAAAGAUCAAUUCUUCUGUAUUAAUCAUAUACCAAUUAAUUUAUUUCAAUCAUGAAACCUGAAAUACUAUCCAGUGAGAUCAUUAAACCAUCUUGUUCGUCGCCAAAUCAUCCAAAUGUUCAUAAACUUUGUUUCUUUGAUCAGAUUAGCUCUCACAUUUAUGUUCCAUUGAUCUUCUUCUACCCCGAACGUUGGAAUACGAGCGGUGACGAUGAAAUUAUCGUCAGUAAGUCUACUGUUCUUAAAGAAUCUCUGUCUGCAACUUUAUCUGUUUAUCAUCCACUAGCAGGAAGAAUCAAAGACGAUUUCACAAUAGACCGUAACGACGAAGGGGUUGUGUUUCUUGAAGCUAGAAUGAAAAGUGAUUUAUCUGAUGAGUUUCUGAGGCAUCCUGAUGAUGAAAUUCUGAAACUGUUGUUUCCUGAUGAUUUGCAGUUUAAAGAUCCAAUUUUGAGUAGUUUGUUGAUUGUUCAGGCUACUUUCUUUGAUUGCGGCGGAUUGGCGUUGGCUAUCUGUAUAUCUCACAAGAUCUUGGAUAUCGCUGGUAUGUGUUAUUUUAUCAACGAUUGGGCGGCAAUGGCGCGUAACUCGGGGCAGAAAUUGUGUCCUGAGUUCAAUUUAGGGUUUUUGUAUCCGCCUGUCGAUUUACCUGUUUUGGAAACUUAUCAACCUGAGAAGGUAAAAUGUGUUUCGAGAAGAUUUGUUUUUGACGGACCGAAGAUAGACAACCUGAAGGCGAUUGUUGCGAAGGAAGAAGUUGCAGAUCCUACGCGAGUCGAAGUAGUGACUGCGGUUCUAUAUAAAUCAGCAAUAUCUGCAGCAAUGUCGAAAUCAGGAUUCUUGAAAGCAACUGUUAUGCAUAAUGCAGCGAAUCUCCGUAAGCGCGUAUCUCCGCCUUUGUCAGAAUGCUCGUCAGGAAAUUUCAGCGGAACAUUUCCGGUAUCAACGGAAGGGGAAUCCUUAACAGGGUUAGCUCAGUUGGCGAGUGAGAUCAAGAAAGCAAAGAACGAAUAUUGGAAUUCGUGCGGCGAGAAAUUGAGCGCAAAAGAUCUCUCCUCGUUUGUUUUGGAAGCUUCGACAGGAUUUAGAUCCGGCCACGGAAAAGUUCAGGAUGUGUACUUGUGUAGUAGCUUUUGCCGGUUUCCGCUUUACGAUGCGGAUUUCGGAUGGGGAAAAGCAGGAUGGGUGAGUCCUGCUAGUUGUGGUGUGAAGAAUGUUAUGAUUUUGAUGGAUACAAAAGGAGGAGAUGGGAUUGAGGCUUAUGUGACUUUGGAAGAAGAGGAAAUGAAUGUUUUUGAGAAUGAUAAGGAGCUUCUUGAUUUUGCUUGUGUUAAUCCAAGUGUGUUGCUAUACAAUUAUUGAUCCAUUAUAUUGACUUUGAUUACAUUUUCAUUUUUGUUAA